AUGUCUAACCCUACUGCGCCUGGUACCACCAUCCCCGACACCAUCAUGGGUGAAAUCCCUUGGUCUCCUGAACUUGACUCGGGCAAAACCUGCGGUGUGCCGCUUACUUUCAAGACCCACGCCGAAUGGAAGGGCAAGAAGAUCGUGGUUGUCUCCAUCCCCGGUGCCUACACCCCCAUCUGCCACCAGCAGCACAUUCCUCCUCUUGUUUCUCGCGCAGAUGAGCUUAAGGCCAAGGGUGUUGAUGCCAUCUAUGUGAUUGCUUCCAACGACGCCUUUGUCAUGAGCGCUUGGGGUGUAUUCAACAACGCAAAGGACAAGGUUCACUUUGUCACUGACAUUGACCUUGCCUUCUCCAAGGCCCUCAACGCUACCAUUGACUUGAGCUUUAAGCACAUGGGUGAGCGCACUGCCCGUUACGCCCUCAUCGUUGACGACCUCAAGGUGGUCGACUUUGGCUCUGACGAGGGUGACACUGGCAAGCUCCAGAACGCCUCUGUGGACACCAUUCUCUCCAAGCUUUCUAAGUAA